AGAUAUCGCUUCUGAUUACCUACUUUUCAAUUGAUUCCUAUUUGUUUACACCAACUGAAAUUUUUUUGCAUGCGAGCUGGCCAAACCGCGCGAGCCGAAGAUACGCGAUAUCGGAGCAAUUAUUAUGCAAAAUGAUCGCCGUUGGAAUCUCCCUGCGCUUCCUCUACCCAGAAAAUUCUUCAAUCUUAUUUUCAGUUUGAUUAAAACUCUUGACUGUAAAAUUUUCUCAUUGAUCGCUAAAUAUAAUUCGUGAAAAAAAAUUUGUUUGACCUCUUUAGUGGCUAUAUAAGAUAACUGCGCGAUUCUUUCUAGAGUGUUUUUUUUCUAAGCGUAUCUAGAUUAUUUAUUCUCUUUAUUGCUGUUUUCUUUGAAGAAUUUUGGAGAAUGUAAUACAAAAUAUACCCAAUUUAUCUUUGCUACGAAUUAAGAAAUACAAUAAUUUAAAUAAAUGAAAAGAAAUUUUAUAUUUUACCAAAAUUUCCCAAGCGUACCACUUAAGGAAGGGGGAUUGAAGUAUUUUAAUACAUUUUUAUUGAUUAUUGAUCGCUGGAUGUGAUUAUAUGUGAAAAAAUUUUUUCUGGAGAAUAUUAAUUUAUAGAUGAAAGGUGAUUGUAAUUCUCAAUUCAAAUACGAAAGGAUUAGCAAGUAUGUCAAGACUUGCGACGAAGUAAGUCUCCUGCACUCUCAUCGACCGCUUCGACUUACUUCUCCGAUAACAUGGAGGUUGCAAAAUUUUGCAAGGAAAUAUAAGUUCAAGGGUUGAAGGAUCUCAAGAGCCGCUCUAGAAAGUUAUCGUUGGCGGUCUCGCGAGACCAGAAUAAAAGCAGAGCAAAAAAAGCAAUGAGAGAAAGAAACGACAAUCCUUUCGCGUUCACCCGACGAGAAAGAAACCCCGGUAUCACUCGACGAAAGCGAACCACGACGAGGUGUGUGUGGGUGUCGACCGUGUGGGAGUUACGGGAAUUAGAGAAAUUACAUGCAUUCGAUACGAUCUCAAUCGCGGAUAUUAAGCGGCGCAUUUAAUCUCCGUCCGCGAACACAUCUCAUGGCACGGGCGACGCGUCGAGGAUUAUUAUUAACCGACUGGAAGGUGUGCAGUUACACCGAGCUCGAUUUACGUAACAAUCGUAGUCGCGAGUACGUUUUUUGCAUACCGGUCGAGCGGACCUGCCGCCACCGCCGCCGCUGCGGUUAGUCGGCGCAGUAGUCCGUACUAGCGUAACGAUCUCGCAAACACCACGAUCGAUAUCGCCAGUCGACGUCGGCCGCUUGUUAGUUUUCCGCCUUGUGCAUGCGCCGGAGAGUUCGCCGAGCAACGAGCUCUUUUCUUCCAUUUUUUUUCUUCUUCUUUUUCCUCUUUUUCUAGAAGCUGCGGAUAAUUGCGUGUUCCAGUUGCGACGUUUCCUCGAUAACCGAGACGUGUGAAGCCGGUAAGUGUGCGCCGAUGAGCAGCUCCUCCGCCGAGGCGGACAUCGAUUGCGGAAACGAACGUUGAUCGCGAGGAUGGCUGACGCGUACGGCAACUUCCAGCAAGAUCAUCCGGGACUACGAGGUACGCCGCUGGCCAUGUUGGCGGCGCAAUGCAACAAGCUUAGCAGCAAGAGCCCACCGCCGCUGGCGGACGCGGCCGUGGGCAAGGGUUUUCACCCGUGGAAGAAGAGCCCGCAGAGCAGCGGCAGUUCGCCGCAGCAUACCGGCGGGGGUGGCGGUGGAGGAGGCGGGGGAGGUGGAGGCGGCGGCGGGUGCACAACGACGGGAGUGAGCCAGAGACCGGCGGCGACGAGUAGCGCCGGCAGCACGACCGGAGGUUACGCGCGAGCGCCGGUCACGUCCUGCGCGUCGACAGCACCGCAAUACGGUAGCGAGUUGUACUUUCCCGGAACCGCGAGCGCCCAACCAGCCGGCGAUCCGCAUCACCACCAGAGCAGCUUACUCGGCAAGGUCGAAGGCGCGACCCUGGGAUCGGUGUACGGCAGGCAUCCGUACGAGUCGUGGCCGUUCAACGCGAUGCCAGGCGCCACGCACGGCGGUAUCAAAGCGAGCGACGGCUGGUGGGACGUGCACGGCGCGGCGACCGGCGGCUGGCUGGACGUGAGCAGCACCGUCGGCGUCGGCGUGCACGCCGCGCAAAUGGCCAAUUACUCGGCCGACUAUUCGACGAGCCUCGCAUUGGCCGGCAAUCACCUGCUGACCACGGCGACGACCGCCGGUCACAAUCUAUUACAAGAUACGUACAAGUCGAUGCUACCAGGUGGGCCGCCCGGUUUCGGGCUACACCACCACGCUGCCGCGACCGCCGCCGGCGCCGGCGCCGGCGCCGGUAGUCCUCAAGGCAGCGGCGGUGGCGUCGGUGUCGGCGGCGCCGGUGUGAGCCAAGCGCCGUCGCCGCGCUCACAAAGACGCUACACCGGUCGCGCCACCUGUGAUUGCCCGAAUUGUCAAGAAGCCGAGAGACUCGGUCCCGCCGGCGUGCACCUUAGGAAGAAGAACAUCCAUAGCUGUCACAUACCAGGUUGCGGCAAGGUCUACGGGAAAACGUCGCAUCUGAAGGCCCACUUACGGUGGCACACUGCGGCACCUUCGAACCCACACCGGCGAAAAGAGAUUCGCCUGCCCGGUCUGCAACAAGCGGUUCAUGCGCAGCGACCAUCUCGCGAAGCACGUCAAGACCCACAGCAGCAGCAGCAGCAGCAGCGGCAGCAAGGGCAAGGGGGGAGCGGGGAGCUCGUCGGCAGAGUCCUGCUCAGACAGCGAGGACAACGGGAGUCAGCAGAGUCCCACUUCCAACUCGGUGCCGCAGCCGCAGCCGCCGCCGCAGCAGCAGCAACAACCACAGGCCCAGCAACAGCAGCAGCAGCAGCAGCAGCAGCAGCAGCAGCAGCUGGCGGCGGCGGCGGCGGCGGCGGCAGCAGCGGCGGCGGUGGGCCAGGACACCAGCAACACCACCUCCCCCCAGACCACCACCACCACACUCGGCCAUCAGCCGACAACACCCAUGACUCCAAUACAGAUGACCCCACCGCCUCUGACCCCACACCAUCCCCACCACCCGCAUCUCCCGCCUCUAAUGCACCAUCCUCAUCAUCACGCAACCUCCGUACCAGCGGCCCACCACCCGCACGCGGGGAUGAGCAUGCACUGAGCCCGGUGGGGCCCGGAGCCGGUGCCUGCAGUACCACUGCCGCAACGGCCCUGGGCUCCCCCCUAUCCUACCCCCUCAACUUGAACCUCAUGCAGAAUCACGCGAGCAUCAAUCCGUCUGCCGCCUCCUCCACCACCUCCCACCACCAUCACCAGCAACAACAGCAACACCAAAACCAUCACCAUCAUCAUCACCAUCAUCACCAUCACCACCAAUCGCACCAGCAACACUCCCGACAAAGUAACUCCUAUUCCGUGCAACAGAAUCCUGGCACGCCGGGGACCGCGCAGACUCCCUCACCCUCGUCCCCCGCGCCUGUACAUAGUCUCUAAGCGGUUUUACGAACGAGCGCGCGCGCACAUAUACACGUACACCACGUUCUCACGCGUCCAACUUACUACCACCACCACCAUCAUCUCCAUCACGACCACCAACCAUCACCGCUCUAUCCACCGCACUUGUCCGUCCGUCGCGUUCACGUAUAACGCGUAGGCACGAUUAUACAUAACACACGUAUGGACACGACGGCAUACACGGAGAAUAUACACGACGAAUCUGGCUCCCCGUCCCGAUUCCGAAUACGGAAUACGCUCUCCUCGUAAUACGCACGUACGCGGAUAUUUCAGGAUUUCUCGUUUGUACAUAAUAUAUAUAUAAAUAUAUAUAUAUAGUGUGCGAGAGGCAGAGAGAAAGUGAGAGAAAGAGAAAGAGAGAGUGAGAGAACGAGAGAGAGAGAGAGAGAGAGAAAUGAAAUAUUAUAUAUAUUAAUUAAGCGGUGUAAUGUUGUAAAAAGGUAACCCGUAUAAAUAUAUAAAUAUACUUAUAUAAAAAUACGUAUGUAAACAUAUAUACACAUGUGUGCGUGUGCAUAUAUUUACAUACGUACAUAGAAAUAUAUAUAUAUACAUAAUGCACUCGUCGCGAUGUAUCAUACACCAAGAACGAAGAAAACUUCGCGCCCCAACCGUCUUCUCUCUUCCGCGUGCAUGCGCGCAGAUGACGAGAGACGGAAACGAAUUCUGAGGAGAAACUACCGUGGAAAACACACUCACAUACACACAACAUACACACACACACACACACACACACACACAUGUUCGGGCCAUCCACGGACAGGUUCCAAACGAUUUCAUAUACCACAUAGGGCCUUUGAGCAUUGUCUAAUGAGAAAGUAAUUACUGAUUUCCCCUUAGUGAAUUUAGGAUUCUUUCCGGACAAUUUGUUGAUUGCGUUUGGAACUUGGACCCACGAACGAUAACCCAUAUCAGCCCACUCCCCUUUGGAUGUAGUAACGCACUAUUAUCAAUGAAUUAUUAUUCUUAAUUAAUUAAUUGAUUAAUUAUUAUCAUCAUAAUUGUAUAAUAUUAUAUAAUCCCGAUAUUAUAUAAUGCUAUAUAAUUAUAUUAAUUAUAUAAUAUUAUAUAUAUGUCC